GAGCGACGGCAAUGUAGCAGCGCCUCAGUUUGCGCAGUUUGGUUCGUGGCGGGGAACCAGGUUGCUCGGCUCGUGUACUGUAGUUGAAGCUCGACAUCCCAUCCCAGAGUCCUUUGGACGUGCUUAUUACGACCUCGGUGCUGGCCUAGAACGCUCUUGUUCCUGGCUAGGUGUUAGUCAGUGUGCGGGGGGGGGGGGAUGGACCAGCGACUGAACCGUCGCGGGUGCCCCCUGGGUUGGUUAGUUGAUCGCCCGUACGAUCCCCCCCCCCUCCCCUCUUCUCGCUGGCAUCCCUUGCCAUUGUGGUGGUACUGCGAGCCGCCUCAAUGCCAUUCCCACAGCGUUACUUCGCGCUGCCAUCGUCGUCUCAGUGGCCUUUGCGAGUCCGGGCGCCUACCACAUCCUGCAUCACUUUGGUUCUUCCGUCCGCGCGCCUCUGAUGGAUGGCAGGCCCCCUUUCCAGAGAUUGCACUACGGCAAGAAAACACUCCGAAACCACAUGUAAGAUCGGCGACUAGUUUCCGUGACAGGGCCAUCAUCGGUUUUACAGAGAACAGGCCAGCGGAGAUCCGAUGGAGCUAUAUCGAGGGCCCCGCGGGGUACGCAUACAUACUUACGUACUCCGUACAUUAUACGCAUGGAGGGGCGCUGCGAUGGAGGCAAGGCUUCCAAAGAAAACCCCCCCCCGUGGUUUCGCUGCGUGUCGUUUCGGGUGCCGGGUGCCACAAUGGUCUUGGCGUUCAUUUGAUUUAAACACUUGCCGAAGCCGGUGGUUGUGAGAGUAGCAAUGGGGGGGGAUCUUCGUACCGACUUUGGGUUCCAUUGAUGAUACUUUGGCCGCAUAAACCUUGCCUCACCUGCCCGUG